UGAUGUUGACAGCGGUACUACGUCAUAUCCUUUGAAAGAACCCGUGCAAGUUUGAGGAUGUUUCCAGUGGGAAAAUCCAGCUUGUUAUGGUUCCUAUGGCUCACUGCGGUGGUACAGGUGGCCUUUUGCCUACUGGGCACAGGGAUGCUCUACCCCCGGGAAUCUUCUUCUCGGGAAGUGAAGGACCUGAGCGGGCUUUGGAGUUUUAGAGCGGACAAGUCGCCAAACAGGAAUGAAGGCUUCGAAAAGGCUUGGUACAAAAGUCGCCUGGCUGAGACUGGCCCUGUGAUUGACAUGGCAGUUCCCGCCAGCUUCAACGACAUCACGCAGGACCCAACGUUACGAGAUUUCACUGGGUGGGUGUGGUAUGAGCGAGAGGUGGCUUUACCGACCCGCUGGGUGACAGAUGAAGGAACAAGAGUGGUUCUGCGAGUGGGAAGUGCGCAUUAUUAUUCAGUAGUGUGGGUCAACGGAGUGAAAGUGACCGAGCACAAUGGUGGCCAUCUUCCCUUUGAAGCAGAGAUAGGCAGUGUGAUCCGAGAUGACCCGACGGGCCCCUGUCGGAUCACCAUCGCAGUCAACAAUACUCUUACUCUGGAGACACUACCUCCUGGAAGCAUCCAGUACUUCAAUGACCCUACCAGGUAUCCUAAAGGAUUUUUUGUGCAAAAUAUCAACUUUGAUUUCUUCAACUAUGCUGGGAUUCACCGUCCUGUAUUACUUUACACAACACCCAAGGCUUACAUAGAUGAUAUCACAGUGGUGACUGACUUUAUGGAUAGCACAGGUUUAGUCAACUACAAUAUAUCAGUAAAAAAUGCUGCUGAAGCCACCUUUAAGGUCACUUUGAUAGAUAAAGACAGACAUUGCGUGGCUUCCUCCAGCGAGCCAUCCGGAGUUCUCAAAUUCACUGAUGUCAAACUCUGGUGGCCAUACUUGAUGCAUGAGGAUCCAGCUUAUCUUUACACUUUUGAGGUUCACAUGACGGCAGCAGAUCAAAGUUCAGCAUAUACAGAUGUGUAUACUCUACCAGUCGGCAUCCGCACUGUCCGUGUCACUAGCACUCAAUUCCUCAUCAACAACAAGCCCUUCUAUUUCCACGGCGUUAAUAAACAUGAGGACUCUGACAUUCGAGGGAAAGGCUUCGACUGGCCCCUGAUUGUCAAAGACUUUAAUUUGAUGAAAUGGAUGGGCGCCAAUUCGUUCCGCACGAGCCACUACCCCUACGCUGAGGAGAUUCUGCAGAUGAGUGAUCGCCACGGCAUUGUGGUCAUUGAUGAAUGCCCUGGGGUGGGCAUCAAAGACAUUCGUAGUUUUGGCAACGUCUCGCUGGCUCAUCAUCUGGACGUCAUGGAUGAGCUCGUGCGUCGGGACAAGAACCAUCCCUCAGUGGUCAUGUGGUCAGUAGCUAAUGAGCCAGCGUCAGAGAUGACUCCCGCUGAACAUUACUUCAAGACUGUGAUAACAUAUACUAAAGAGCUGGACCCGACAAGACCAGUGACAUUUAUCACAGAUAGUAACUAUGCCAGAGAUCGAGGGGCUCCCUAUGUGGACGUAAUCUGUGUGAACAGUUACUUCUCGUGGUACCACGACCCAGGCCACCUAGAGGUCAUCCCUAUUCAGCUCAACACCCAGUUCGAGAACUGGUACGGAAAGUACCAGAAGCCCAUCAUCCAGAGCGAAUACGGAGCAGACACAGUGCCAGGCUUUCACAGUGACCCACCCGUAAUGUUUACCGAGGAGUACCAGAAUGUGGUUUUGCAGAGCUACCACAACGUGUUCGACCAGAAGAGGAAGAAGUAUGUGAUUGGAGAACUCAUCUGGAACUUUGCCGACUUCAUGACUGUACAAGGGAUCACACGUGUGGUGGGCAACAAGAAGGGUGUCUUCACUAGGCAAAGACAACCCAAAGCAGGGGCGUAUAUCCUCAAGGAGAGGUACUGGAGGCUUGCAAAUGAAACUGGGAAGAUGCCUCCUUGGACCAAAUAUCCAUGUGGGCUCUGAUAUCCACAAGCGUUCACAGUUUACAAAAUGUAUUGAAUCACCAGCAAAAUUGUUUAAUACACAAAUGCAAUCGUGCUUUACCAGCAGCUGAUUAAUGUGUCGAUGAGCCAGAGGAAAGCUGUGGGGAAGGGUUUGCUUUGAGAGCUUUAAAAAAAUAUAUAUCCUAAACAGUGAGACACUAAAGAAUGUUUGUAGAUAUUAACCGUUUCACUGCCAAUGACAGCUGCCAUUGACGACGCUAGAUGUCCAAUCCAUUUUGAAUGGAAGGGCUUCCCCUGUCAAAAUGGAUUGGACGUCUAAUGUCAUUAAUGGAGGCCAAAGAGUGUUAGACGCUUUAGUCUUAAAACAGAUUCAAGUGAAAAGAGACAUUGUUCUUGCAACAAUGUCAACGCUUGAAUUUUUAUUCAGUUUGGUAAUUUUUCAUGAUUUUUAUGGUAAUUGUUUAUAAUGACUUUUUACGUGAUUGCGAGGUAAUUUGUAUGGUAAUUGUUUAUGACUUUUUUACGUGAUUGCAAUGUACUACAGUAUGUUGGGUGUUCAGAUUUAAAACAACUAAUUUUGCAAAUUUUGUGUUAAUUACACUAAAUUCAGUCUCAUUUCAGAAAGUGUUUCUGGGUGUCAAAAUGUAUACUUGGGAAAAAAUAGCAUUGACCAUCACAUUAAACUGGAUCUAUACAAUCUAAUUCAAAUAUAGACUUUUUU